GUAACGGAAGUCAGUUUUUUCUUUCAAAGUUAAGGUAGUAACCAAACUUAAUGGGACUAUCUUUAAGGCAACCGAGCAGUUAGUGUUUUAAGUUGAAAGGCUCAAAACGACGACCACCACUUGCUCACCACAUCUCGUGUUUUUACUUUAUUUGGUUUGGUUUCAAUUUAGCAACGCGGUAGCGUGUUCUACUGGAGUCUGCAGUCUUCGUCUUGAAUAGAAAAUAACUAAUAGAUGUUAAAAUUGCUGUCACACUGCAGCUUGUAUUCGCUGGGAAAUCUGCGUUACUUCACUUUAAAGCAGCCGUGAAAACGUAAUCGGUACUCUUAAUUACCAGCUUGUGUAACGCGGAAGCUGGUUGUAGUUAAGUAAAACAGAAUAUUAACAUUGUUACACUUUCAGCGUGUUCGAGUUCAAACACAAUGAGUUGCGCCAAAGAAGAAAGUCGAAGUGUUUCCCCUCAGUGCCCGAAACCAGACGAGUCAGAAGAGCCAAUGGGCACAUCAAUAAAGACAGAAGCCACAGAAGAUGUGAGUGUGAAGAGUGACAAUAUGUUGUCUGGAGUGAUUAUCACCAAAGAAAUGGAGGAAGAAGAGCAAAAUCUGAUGGCAGAAGGUGAAAAGAAAGAGAAGGAGCUGAUGGACGAGGCCCGUCAGGCGAGAGAAAGAGAGACUCAUGAAAUACGCUUCAAAAGGCUGCAACAUUUGCUCCAGAAGAGCAACAUCUAUUCCAAGUUUCUUCUGACUAAAAUGGAGCAGCAGCAGAGUGAGGAGAAAGUCAAAAAGGAAAAACUAGAAAAGAAGGCCAAGAAAAACACAAACCGCCCGGAGCCGGAAAAAGAUAAGAAGAAGAGAAGAAGGGAUGAUGACUACAAGAUUGCAGAUGUCAUGUCUAAAGAUGAAAUCAUGUCACGAGCUAAGAAAGCUAAAGUGGAAGAAGAGGAAAUGGCCCUUGACCAGAAGAAACUAGACACCAAGGAUAUCGAGAGCAUUAGCGACUCCAACGAAGACAUUAAGAAUCGCCUGGCCGAAACGGUGCGAGAUAACGCCAAACAUCUCUUGGACCCUAAUAGGAAGGUGAACGGAGAGCCAGUCCCUGCUCAGCAGCCACAGCUCUUCACAGGCGGGGUCAUGAGGUGGUACCAGAUCGAGGGCAUCGAGUGGCUUCGUAUGUUGUGGGAGAAUGGCAUUAAUGGAAUUCUUGCUGAUGAAAUGGGUCUGGGAAAAACCAUCCAGUGUAUUGCCCACAUUGCCAUGAUGAUCGAAAAGAAAGUGAUGGGGCCCUUCCUGGUGGUGGCACCACUUUCCACUCUGCCCAACUGGAUCAAUGAAUUCAAGCGCUUCACACCCCAGGUGUCUGUGCAGCUUUAUCAUGGCCCCCAAUCAGAGAGGAGCAAACUACUUAAGCACAUUCGCAGACCUCAGGGGCCCCUCGAUAUGUGUCCUGUGGUCAUCACUUCAUUUGAGAUUGCCAUGAUCGACAGAAAAUUCCUUCAGCGCUAUCAGUGGAAGUACUUGAUUGUGGAUGAAGGCCACAGGAUCAAAAACCUGAACUGUCGCCUGGUGCGCGAGUUAAAGAUGCUGCCCACUGACAACAAGCUUCUUCUUACGGGGACUCCACUGCAGAACAACCUGGCUGAGCUUUGGUCUCUUCUAAACUUCCUCCUCCCAGAGGUCUUUGAUGACUUAAAGAGCUUUGAGUCAUGGUUUGACAUCGACUCACUCUGUGAAGCAGAAAGUGUGGUGGCUGCUGAGCGUGAAGGGAACAUCCUUAGUAUGUUGCACCAGAUUCUCACACCAUUCCUGUUGAGGAGACUAAAGACUGAUGUGACACUGGAGAUUCCUCCGAAGAAAGAGAUCAUUGUUUAUGCCCCUCUGACUGCCAAACAGGAGCUGUUUUACACUGCUGUGGUGAACAAGACCAUCGCAAAAGUGCUUGGUCAGCAGAAGACCGAGGCCCCUGCCAUCUUGUCGUCGAGUGGCCGACCAAAGCGCCACAAUCAAAAAGUGGUCGACUACAGUGAAGUGGAGAGUGACACGCCAUACAGCUUGGAGAAAUACCUGGAAAAGAUCCAGAAGGAGCAGGAGCAGAGCUCCUGUCUUGAAAUGCAUGUCCAGUGUCCAUUGGAUGCUCAGAUCAACUUAAAGAUGCAGAACAUUCUCAUGUUGCUAAAGAGAUGCUGUAACCAUCCCUACCUAGUUGAAUACCCCCUGGAUGCUGCUACACAAGAGUUCAAGAUUGAUGAGCAACUGGUGCAAAGUUCUGGGAAGUUUCUCAUUCUAGACCGACUUCUGCCUGCACUCAAGGAACGAGGACAUAAGGUUCUCAUUUUCAGUCAAAUGACCUCCAUCUUGGACAUUCUAAUGGAUUAUUGCUAUCUGCGUGGCUUCCAAUACAGCAGACUGGAUGGCAGCAUGUCCUAUGCCGACCGGGAAGAAAAUAUGACCAAGUUUUCCAAAGACCCGGAAGUUUUCCUCUUUUUGCUUAGUACACGAGCCGGAGGUCUUGGGAUCAACCUGACAGCUGCUGACACUGUCGUCAUUUUUGACAGUGAUUGGAACCCCCAGGCAGACCUGCAGGCUCAGGAUCGCUGUCAUCGCAUCGGGCAAACCAAACCAGUGCUUGUGUACCGCUUGGUCACGGCAAACACCAUCGACCAGAAGAUCCUGGAGAGAGCCUCGGCUAAGAGGAAACUGGAACAAAUGGUCAUCCACAAAAAUAAGUUCAAAGGUGGGCGGGCAGAAUUGAAGCAAAGUAAAAGCUGCAUUGAUCUGGAUGAGCUGAUGGAGCUGCUCCAAGCCAGAGGCACUGAAAAGGAAGUGAAAGCAUCAAGGGGAAGAGCCCUCAGCGAUAAAGAUCUGAAUUUUCUACUGGACCGCAGUGACCUGCUGGAUAAAGAAAAGAGGAACAGGAGGAAAGAGAAGGUUGGAGUCUUCAGAGUGAUGGAGGUGGACGAAUCAUCAGCGAUUGCCUUGACUUAAGACAGUGCUUCUCAAUUAUUUCCAGUGCCCCCCCCCCUUCAGGAAGAAGAAAAUACUUUGCGCCACCCUUCUCUCUCCCCGCUGUGUCUAUAAAUAGUAUAGCAAUUUUAUGGACGAAUUAAAAUUAUACAUCAUUUAAGCGUAUUAACAUUAAAAACAACAUACCGGGCUUUCCUCGUCUCCCACUGUGGUUACAGUGAAGCCAAAUGCUACCUACGCUUCAUCAUAUUCUGGUACGGCGAAAAAAGCAUGUUCCCCAAGGUCACACACGCACCCGCCUCCUCCCUUUCAUGUCUUAAGGACUGACAUAAGACAUUAAAUAUAUUCAUUGACUAUGUUCCCUCAGAGUCAACAAUGUUCAGGAGUUUGGACUGGAAAAAUUUAAAGAUGUUCUACUGUAGCUAUAAUGUUUUGACUAACCUGAUUUAUUUUCUGUUGUCUUCCGGUUGUCAUUCUUUACCUGCCUCUCGUUCCAUCCCGUAUACCUUUUAUCUUUACUGUUGUGUGAAGCAAAAAAAUAAAUUUUUAAAACAACAAA